AUGUUUAUUGUAUCGAAGCAUCUUGUCAUUUCACAGCGAUGCGGAUCUAAUCAAUCACGAACUCUGUUUACAUCACUUCGCAAUGUAUUUCUAAAAAGCAAAAAUAAGGUGCCUAUACCUAAAACAGUGAACGAUAUCCAAUUACAUCAUGGAAAAACUCGGCAAGACUUGUUCUCAUGGAUGGAAAACUUAUCAGAUCAACAUUUAGGAAGCUACAUUAAAGCCGAAAAUGAAUUCACACGUCAAUCCAUGCGUCAACACAAGUUUUUACAUAAAAUUGUCUUACAAGAAAUGAAACGAAGAUUGUACAUACCAAAUGUACUACCGCCGCUAAAGACAGUAGCGAAUGGAUACGAAUACUAUUCAACGACAUCAGCAUAUGGCAUGGUGUAUUUGAGGAAAAAGCUAGGCGAAGGAAGAGAUGCACCAGAGCAAGUAUUACUAAACUCGGGAUUUCUGAGAUCAAUGAACAUGUCUGUGCGAAAAGUGUUAUUAUCGCCAGACCAUUCGAUAUUUGCUUACAAUACCGAGAGAGAGGGCAUGGAAUACGGUGAAUUGCACUUCAAGGACUUGAACAAUAGAGCGCAUUGGGAGAAUGAGGUUCUGGAUAAUGUCUUUAAUUUUGUGUGGGCAAAUAAUCAAGUUGUUUACUACACUGUGCCCAAUGCCCAGUUGAGGCCUUAUCAAGUGUAUGCGCAUGUUAUUGGCACAGAGCAAUCACAAGAUGUGCUUGUUUAUGAGGAGCUAGAUGACACAGUAUUUGUUGAUAUCACUAGUUCGAAAGAUGGCAACUACGUUACCAUCAAUGCAAACUCUCUCUCAUCAUCCGAAGUCAGAGUAAUAGAUACAAGCCAUGAUUUCACGCACAAGACUGCACCCAGACUACAACUCGUUAAGCCUCGUGUUCCUGGCGUAGAAUAUUAUGUGGAUCAUCAUGACGAUACAUUUUACAUCUUAACAAAUGCUGAUGAUGCCAAAAACUUCAAGCUAGUACUGACACCAGAUGAUGCCAUUGGGAAAGCGCAUUGGACAGAUCUAAUCACCAUGAAACCUACAGAGAAAAUAGAGGAUGUUGAUUUAUUUCAGAACAAUGUAGUUAUCUAUGGUCGCAGAGACGGCUUACCCAUGAUACUAUGUCAUGAUUUACGCACAAAAGAGACGCACCAAGUGCAAUUGCCUGAAGAGUUUUGUGUCUUGAAUCCCGGCACGAAUCUGGAUUUCAAUACAGAUGUCUUUCGUUUUUCAGUGAUUUCACCAUUUACGCAUGAAUCAACCUAUGAAUACGACAUGUCUACUCGCAAACUGCAUCCCAUUCGAGUACAGACCAUUCGAAAAUUCGACAGAUCAAAGUAUACUUGCAGCCAAAUUCAUGUCAAAUCACACGACGACAAGCAGAUUCCUGUUACUCUAAUACACAAAAAGGACAUUGAGCUUAAUGGAAGAAACCCUGUGCUAAUGAGAUCGUAUGGUGCUUAUGGCACAUCCACAGAUAUUGAGUUUCGAGUAGAACAGUUUCCUCUCAUCGAGCGUGGCUGGGUGAUUGCGUUAGCUCAUGUGCGUGGAGGUGGGGAGUUAGGGAAAGACUGGUACGAAGAUGGCAAGCUCGACAAAAAGAUGAACAGCUUCAAGGACUUUAUAGCAGUGGCAGAACAUCUCGUGGCCUCCAAACUCACUUCGCCCGACCAUCUCACUGCCAUGGGCACAAGUGCGGGCGGUCUGCUUGUGGGUGCCAUGCUUCACAUGCGGCCUGACCUUUUCAAGGCAUUGGUGCUCAAAGUGCCUUUUGUUGACCCGCUAUCAUCUAUGCUGAAUCCUGAGCUUCCACUCACUCAAAUCGAGUAUCCUGAAUGGGGAAACCCUACAGAGGAUGCCAGGGCGUACGACCUCAUUGAAUCUUAUUCGCCCUAUGAAAACAUCAAUGCAGACCUCUUCAAAUCUCGCUCUUCCCUUCCAUCACUGUUUGUCACAGGAGGCAUGAAAGAUCAGCGUGUAGCGUAUUGGCAGCCCUUGAAGUUUGUAGCUCGUCUCCGCCACUUUACACCGCCUACAUUUAAUAGUACAACACUGUUGAAGAUGGAUCUCGAUCGCGGUCAUUUUGGGGGCGGAGGAUCUGAGCAGGACUCUCGAUUAUCCGAUGUAGCAGAGCAAAUGGCGUUUUUGAUAUCCCAAGUUCAAAAGUAA